CAAAGACGUACGAGUGAGAUUUGAAUGUUGAUUAACUCUUUAAAUAUAGUAACCAGUUUUAAAUUGUUACCUGUUAGAUUGAUUGUAAAUUGUUAGUGAUUUGUGUUAACCAAAAUUUAGAUGUUAAGUGUUAGUUAAAUGAUAAUCAUGUCCGAACGUGAAUUCGACUUCAUCAUUUUCGGUGCCAAUGGAAAUACAGGUAAACAUGUAUUGAGAAAUUUGGUCAAAUGGUUGGAAUUGGAAAAGAAACCUCGUUGGAUAGCGAUCGCUGGACACCACAAAUCGCAAUUAAAAGUGGCCUUAACUCAAGUGGCCAUUCAAAUGGACCGUAAUCUAAACGAUGUUAGUCUAAUUGUGGUUGAUUUUAAUGACGAAUCAAAUUUAACAACAAUUUGUGCCCGAUCAAAGGUGAUCCUUAAUGCUUAUGGUCAACUUAACUUACUCGAGAGGGAAAAACUUGCCAAAGCUUGUAUUGAGAAACGAACUCAUAUGUUGGAUAUGACCGAUGAACCUGAUUAUCUUGAUUUACUACAAUUAAAGUAUCAUGAGGCUGCUAAAGCUUCGGGUGUUUACUUAAUUACUUCAAUUAACUCUAAUUGUGUUCCAAUUGAUCUUGGUGUUGAUUAUUUAAAGCAACAAUUUUUACCCGCUGGUCGAUUACAUUCAACUGAAAGUUAUCUCUCAUUUCAGUUAACAAAUCAACUUAAUCACCAUCAUCCCCAGCAAUUAAGUAGAUCACAAACAUUACAACAUUUCAAUUCUAAUCUAAUUAAAUCAAUUGUAUCAUCAAAUUUUCGGAGAGAUAUAAAUAACAUCUCCAAAUAUGGAGAAAUAAAUAAUAAUGAUGAUAGUAAUGAUAACAAUAGUAUUUCAUCACAUUCUCCAUGGAUUUCAUCCUCAUCUCCAUCCUCUGGACUAUUUUCAUCGUUAUUAUCGUUUAAAUCAAUUAAUCGAUCACCAACUCAAUCGUUGAUUAAAUGUUUUCCCAGGAAAAAUAAGGAACUUUCAUCUUGGUCCAUUCCAAUCAAUUCUGAUAACAUUGUAUGGAAAAGUCAACAAUGGUUUUAUCAAGCUUAUCGAGAACCAGCAACGCGUUUUAAUCAACACUUAAUUGUCUCCCAAUGGCCACAAAUUAUCUUAAUUGUGUUCAUCUUAAUCUAUUUAACAUUGUUAACCUGGUUUACUUUUAGUCGUAAAUUGUUGAACGUUUAUCCCUCGAUAAUGACACUCGGCUACCUGAGCAAUUCAAAAGACACGGAAGAGAAACAGAUUAAUGGUUUUAUCCAUGGUGAUGAUGAUAAUUCAUCUUCUUCGUCUUCUUUAUCCUCGUCAUCAUCUUCAUCAUCUUCAUCCUUUUCUAUUCAUCUGGUUGGAAAUGGUUGGGAUUCGCCAAGUGAUUCAUCUGAUGGACAAUAUAAAUUUCCUCCUAAUAAAACAAUGAGAGUUUCAAUAAGUGGUUGUAAGUCCGAUUCGGAGAUAACAUCGUUAAUCCUUAUCCAAAGUGGAUUAACCCUCUUGGAGGAAUCAAGUUCAAUGCCAUACAAAGGUGGUUGUUUAACACCAGCAUUUGCUUUCCGUUAUACAUCAUUGAGAGAUCGACUUAAUCAACGAGGAUUAGAAUUUAAAAUUCUUCAUCAUUAGAAUUUCCAUCCAAUUGAACUCGUAAAUUUUGUACAAAUGAUUUUGAAUUUUUGUAGAAAAAAGGAAAACACUUUUUUUAUCAGUAAUCGAUCACAGGUUUGCACUGGAAAUUGAUUACAAAAUAACUGACAACAAUUAAACAUCCGUUAAUUUUUUUCACCAUUAAA